AUGUCGUCCGGCACUUCCUUUGCCGACUUGGCCCAUCAGGCAUGGGACACUGCUGCCCAACUCACUGGCUUCUCGGCUAUCGGCGAGCAGCCUGAAGACCAGGACAGCGAGCAGCAGUCAGACGCAGACAAACAGCAGAAACCCAACGCCCGAACUCCGAACGGAAAAGAAGAUCACAACGAUGCCUCAGGCACAGCGAGUCCGGCCCAAGAUCCAUACCGCGCCGCGCCUGGAAACCAUCCCAACGACCCUGCCGCCCGCAUCAACCAUCCAGACGCAGUCAACAAACCCGCCCAGGCUGCAAGCGGUGCAGACCGCGCCGAGCCAAAGAUUGACAACCCCAGCACAGAACAACAUGGCCAGCACAAGCGUCAGACAUUCAAACACGCAUCAGAGGCCCCUCCUCACGAUGACAUGGGCCAAGGCAUCAUCGAGCGCGCGCUCGGCGACGAGGGCAUGAUCGCACAGCGACAGGGCACCGUCUACGAUAAGCAACUCGAAAACGAGAUGGACGGCUCCUACAAGGACACUGAAAAGCAGACAAAGCCAGAGACGGCCGCUGCAGAGCUCGGCCAGCCCAUUCAUUCCGAGCGCAACCAGCACCCCGACAAGCACGGUCCGAGUGCAGACGCGCAUCAACCGCACGCCGCCAACCGCGGUCCCUCUUGGGCAUCCCGUCCCGACGACGCACAACGCGCCAAAAUCGCAAAGAUGAAGGAGUCCCAGAAGGAAGGCACGUGGAAACGACGCUUCUCCAGCUUCAACCCCAACUCGGACGCCUCCGCUCCUUCCACCCCAAAGCCAAAGAACAGCGACGAUCACAAGGACUCCGACAAGCAAGACGAUUCCGACAAGGAACGAGGCACGGGUCUCUUCAGCGGCAUGUUCGACACUCAUUCUCCCGCACGCCCAGCACUCAACAUCUUUGGCCCCAGCGGUGCGCAGCGCAGCUCCACUUUGCGCAGCAACGCCAACAAGGAUGGCGACGUCGACGCCGCGGCUCGCAACAAUUCCGACGCAAAGGGCAAGCAGCACGACAUGACCGAAGCCAACAAAGCCUCCCGCUCCUCCAGUCGAUGGGCUGAGAACUCGAAUCGAAUGCGCAAUGCAUUUGAGCCCCCAACACCCUCCGCCGAAACAGCCACCGACGACAACGGCCCACAAAGAAACGACGACGACGUGCCCACUCCAGAGCUUUCGCCCGACGCUCAGAAGCUGCGCGCCAUCACCAAGAUCAUGCUCGGUCCCAACAAGGACAAGGACGAGCCCGCCUCGCCCGACGCUUCCGGCAGCGGCGGUCCCCAACAGGCACAGACGCGAUGGGCUCAGCUCAAGAAGAAGGUGCGCGAGUCCCAAAAGGCCAAACGCGAGCAGACAAAGACGGGUGCCGUCAACCUCGACCUGGCCAAGGAGCUUCAGACCGGUAUCUUGCCAGUCUUCCUGCUCAAGAUGGCCGUGGAACGCGACGAGGCAAAGCGUCGACGAAUCCCCGUCCUGCUCAACCAUCUCCGUCUCCGCGUGACCGACAGCGUCAACCCCAUGCACAAUACGCACGCUGUCUUCCGCAUCGAGCUCGAGUACGGCGAUGGCCUCGUAAAGUGGGUCAUCUACCGCGAACUUCGCGACUUUAUCAACUUGCAUGCCCACUAUCGAGCCGCAGCCCUGCGUGGCUACCUCGGCAGAUCCAUCGGCAACUCCACAGAGGGCGACGUCGGCCUGCCCAGCUUCCCCAAGAUGAGUCUGCCCUACUUCAACCAACUCCAGCGACAGGGCAAGACUUCGCGCGCCGACUUCGCCCGAGCCCAGAGAGAUGCGCUGGAGAACUACAUCAUCGAGCUCAUCCGCCGCACCAUGUUCCGUCCCGAGGCCAAUCGCCUCUGCAAGUUCUUCGAGAUCUCGGCGCUCUCCGUCUCGCUCGCCAGCCGUGGCGGCCACCAGGGAAAGCAAGGCUACCUUCGCAUCCUCUCUCGCUCGUCGCGCAAGAAAGACCAGAAGAGUGUCCUGACUCCAGCUCGCUGGGCAAAGGCAUACGAGCCCAAGUGGUUCAUCGUCCGCGAGAGCUUCAUCGCCAUCGUCAAUGAGCCCGACAGCCUGCAGCUCUACGAUGUCUUCCUCAUGGACAACGAGUUCAAGGUCGAACGGCCCAAGCGAUUAUAUAAGCAGACCAUGCACAUCGCCCAUGGCCUCACGCACAGCGACGACAAGAAGGGUCCCGAGGUCGAGAGCUCCGAGCAGCCCGAUUCCGCCAACGCCUCUGGAUCCAAGGAGGCUUCGUACGACCAGACCGCGCUGCUCACCGGCGGCCACUUCAAAGACGUCGACCCCAAGAAGCGCGACGAGGCCCACGAUGCCGAAAGGCAUGCCAGCAGUCACACCUUCUAUAUCCGCAACGCAGAGAGAAAGCUCAAGCUCGUCGCCAAGAACGAGCGCAUGAUGGAGCAGUUCAUCGUCUCCCUGCAGAAGAUGGCGGCGCGAAACAUCUUUGGCGGCACGAAUCGCUUCGAGAGCUUCGCGCCCAUCCGUCUCAACGUCUCAGCCCAGUGGCUGGCAGAUGGACGCGACUACUACUGGAAUCUCAGCAAGGCGCUCAUGAUGGCCAAGGAUCGUGUCUUCAUCCACGACUGGUGGCUCAGCCCGGAGCUCUACCUGCGCAGGCCCGGCCAUCCCAAGUGGAGGCUGGACAACGUGCUCAAGAAGAAGGCCGAGGAGGGCGUCAAGAUCUUUGUCAUCAUCUACAACGAGGUGUCGAACAACUUUACGCCCACCGACUCGAACUACACCAAGCAGCGGCUCAUCGGUCUCCACCGCAACAUCUUUGUCCAGCGUUCGCCGAGCCAUUUCAAGACCGGCACAUUCUACUGGGCGCAUCACGAGAAGCUUUGCGUGAUCGACGAGACGAUUGCAUUCAUGGGCGGUCUCGAUCUCUGCUUUGGUCGCUACGAUACGCCUGCGCACGUGCUUGUCGACGACGCCCUCUACCACAAGCGCGACAACGAGUCGGAAACCGAACUGGGCCUGUCGAGCGCGCCUGGCUAUCUCGGUCCCACCAAGGAUGGUCGCGAGGCGCACAUCUGGCCUGGUCAGGAUUACGCCAACGAGCGCGUCAUGGAGUGGCAUACGCUCAGCAAGCCUGCCGAAGACCUGUUUGCGCGUGACAAGUUCCCACGCAUGCCUUGGCACGACGUCGGUCUGCAGCUGGUCGGGCAGCCCGCGCGCGAUCUGUGCCGUCACUUCAUCCAGCGCUGGAACUUCUUGCUGCGCAUCAAGAACCACACGCGCCAGAUGCCCUUCCUGGUGCCGCCUCCCGACUUUACGCCCGAGGAGCUGCAGAAGUACGGCCUGACGGGUACGUGCGAAGUGCAGAUCUGCCGCUCCGCAGGCCCGUGGAGCCUGGGCACGGCCAACAAGAUCGAACACUCGAUCCAGAAUGCCUAUCUCAAGUCGAUCCAGAUGAGCGACCACUUCGUCUACAUCGAGAACCAGUUCUUCGUCACCUCCACCAUCAUGGAGGGCAACAAGAUCGAGAACAAGAUCGGUGAGGCGCUCGUCAGCCGUAUCAUCCGCGCGCACCGCGAAGGAACGCCGUGGCGCGCCGUCAUCGUCAUUCCGCUCAUCCCAGGCUUCCCGAUGCCCAUCGACCAUCCGGAUGCGUCGUCGGUGCGACUGAUCGUCGAGCUGCAGAACCGGUCGAUUUCGAGGGGCGAGCAUUCGAUCUUCGGCAAGCUGCGCCGCGAGGGCAUCGAUCCCGAGCGCUACAUCAGCUUCUUCUCGCUGCGCACGUGGGGCAAGCUGCGCGGCGGCCAGCUGACCACGGAGCAGGUGUACCUGCACGACAAGAUCAUGAUCGUCGACGACCGACUGGCGAUCAUCGGCUCGGCCAACAUCAACGAGCGCAGCCAGCGCGGCGAUCGCGACUCGGAGCUGGCGUGCGUCAUCCGCGACCACGACAUGGUGGACAGCUUCAUGGGCGGCAAGCCGUACAAGGUGGGUCGAUUCGCGCACACGCUGCGCAUGCGGCUCAUGCGCGAGCAUCUCGGUGUCGACGUGGAUGAGCUCGAGGCCAACGAGCGCCGCACUGGUGAGGCGCGCGAGUCUGCCCACGGCCACGGCUCGACGAACGGGCGCGAGGGCUCGGCAGCGGCUGCAUCGGUGUACUCGGAUGACGUCGAGACGGUCAACUCGGACGGCGAGUGGGACCCAGACCACGAGCAGAGCCACAACGGACUCAAGCGUCAGGCGAGCAAGGAGGCCUCGACGUCCGAUGUGGUCGACGUGCCGACCACGAAAGAAAGCUUGAAGCAUGCAACGUCCAAGCUGGCGGACCGCGGCAACGGGACGGUCUCGGAACUGCGCCACCAGAUCAAGGACACGCUGAGCAACGGCACGAGCAAGGCCAAAACCGAGAUGGAGGCUACGGCGGAUCCGGUUGCCGAGUCGGCCAACCACAACGAGAGGUACCAGGCUGCGCGCUCCGAGCGUGUCAGUGCGGCGAUGCGUGGCGAAGAGCCGCAGAGCCUCGCGGAAGGCAGGUACGACAGCUCGCUCGAGCCGACGCUGGAAGAGAAGCUUCUGGCGGAGGACGUUCCUGCGGUCAACGGUCGCACGGCCAAUGCGGACGGCGAAUCGAAGCGCACCAGACCGUCCUCGGACUACCACCGUCUGCUGGGCUCGUUGAGUUCGUCGAGUCUGGGACCGGAACGGGAGACGGACAUGCUGCAGCGAGCGAGCCAGCGCGGGCUUGGAGACGAUCUGGACGUGGGUGGACCCGAGGAUUUGCGGCGCAAGAUUUCGGGCCGCAUGUCGACGAGUCUGUGGAAUCUGCCUGCGGCAUCGCUCGAGAUUGAUCCGUUCAAGUUCCAGGAUCCCGUGGACGACAGCUUCUACAUUGACUACUGGCUGACGUGUGCGGUGCACAACACGCAGAUCUUCCGCAAGGUGUUCAAGUGCGUACCGGACGAUACGGUGACGACUUGGGCCGAGUACAAGGCGUUUGGUGCGUGGGCGGAUAGGUUGGCGCGCUCGGGUAAGUUUGGAGCCAAGGAGAGCCGAGACGUGCGCGAUGCGCAGGCGCACAGUGUACCGGGUGCCAGCGUCGGCGGUCCUGUCGGCCAAACCUCAACCAAGCAAGAGGGGGAGGAGAGCAAGACGGACCAGGACCAGAUCCCCAGUGCACUGCGAGAUGCACAGGCAAGUCAAAAUGCCCCCGGCAAGGAAAAGGCCGUCGAGGGAUUCUCGACGCGAGAACUCGACCAGAUGGAAGCCCUGCUGGACGAGUGCAGGGGCUCGUUAGUCCUCCAUCCUACCCGCUUCUUGGAGGCCGAAGACCACUCGAACAACUUCCUCUUUGCCAUGGACCGCAUCAACCCGCUGCUCAUCUACGAUUAG